UAAAUUAAAAAAGAAGGAAGAAAAACGUUACACGCACACAUACAAACGACCUUCACCUUUCUGUAUCGACCUUUGCUUGGAAGCGUCUGAGUUAUCAAGUGUCACUUGUUGGUCUUUUUGCAAGGAUGGCUGAUUCUAUGAAAGUUUUAGUGACUGGAGCUGCUGGUCAGAUCGCCUAUUCACUGGUGAUUGCAGUUGCAAAGGGAGAUGUGUUUGGUAAAGAUAAGCCGAUCACUCUUGUUCUGCUGGACAUUCCUCCAAUGAUGGAAGUGCUGGAAGGUGUUGUCCUGGAGCUCAAUGACUGUGCUUUGCCACUACUGAGAGAGGUAAUUGCAACAGCAGAUGUAGCCGAGGCUUUCAAGGACAUUGAUGCUGCCAUGCUUGUGGGAGCCAUGCCUCGCCGAGAAGGUAUGGAGAGGAAGGACCUCUUGGCUGCCAAUGUUAAGAUCUUUAAGGAACAGGGUGCUGCCCUAGACCAGCAUUCCAAGAAAACUGUGAAGGUUGUAGUUGUUGGGAACCCAGCCAAUACCAAUGCAUUGAUUGCUUCUCACUAUGCACCUUCCAUUCCCAAGAAGAAUUUCUCCUGUCUGACACGACUGGAUCAGAACAGAGCUCAAUCACUGGUUGCUCACCGUAUUGGCAUCCCCAACAGUGACGUGAAAAACGUGAUUAUCUGGGGUAAUCACUCCUCCACGCAGUUCCCAGAUGUGCGACAUGCAAAAGCUGUAAUCGGGGGUAAGGUGGUUGCUGUACCCGAUGCUGUGAAGGACGACUCCUACCUUAAAAAUGACUUCAUUAAGACUGUCCAGCAACGAGGAGCAGCUGUGAUUAAACUGAGGAAGUUGUCGAGUGCCAUGUCUGCUGCCAAAGCCACAUGCGACCACAUGCAUGACUGGUUUUCAGGAACUGGGGAUUCUUGGGUCUCCAUGGGAGUUAUUUCGGAUGGCAACUCCUACGGUAUCCCUGAAGGACUGAUGUACAGUUUUCCAGUGAAGAUACAGAAUGGCAACUGGCAGAUUGUCCAAGGACUAGAUAUUAAUGAUUUUUCCCGUGCGAAAAUGGAUGCGACCGCUAAGGAACUAUUGGAGGAGAAAGCAAUGGCACUGGCUGCUUGCCAGGGUUGACAAUCCUCGCGGCUGUGACAUACUUUCUCGCAGGUCAGACAGGUUCUAGUAGUACUAGUGCUAUUUUUGGUAAUCUGGCCACAUGUUUGAACACAGAUGUAGUGGUCAGUCUUAGUGGACACCAGAAUGAACAUUUUUCUUCAUUUCUUAUGUCUGUCACCAAAAUGGUUAUGUGUAAAUUUAUAUUUUAAAUGUGUUCAGUAUUUCAGUGUAAUUGUUUAUUAGUAGGUGUUAAUAUUCUUGUCAGCAGUAGAUACUUUUUACAUAUCUCAUGAUAUAUAUAUUAUAUAUUUGAAAACAUUUUUUUACUCGAGUUACUCGGUAACAGAAUAACAGCUCAACAUACUGUUUAUCACUAAGCUUGUUUUCGGUAUCCAUUAACAUCUAUCCAGGACAAUCCGCAUCUUACGUGUGUACCCAGGACAGUGUGCUUUAACCUUAAUUGGAUCUAAGUACAGAAACUAUUUGAAGUAAAAUCAGUUCAGAAGUUUUUAUUUUGAUGGAUGACUUUUGAGGAAUAAAAAUUUGUUUGGAAAUAGAUCUAUUGUUUUAGCAGUUUUUCAAAUACAUUUACCAGUAUUGAUAACAAUAAAUAUACUUGCCAUCUUUAAAGUGUCAUAGUGCUAAUUGUGGUGAACUAAGCAGUUAUAAACUAAAAAGUGGAAAAAAAUUGUAUAUUUAUAAACAAAAUAAAUGGGAUUUUUUGUUGUAUGUGUUGGAACCUGUUUGUGGUGUUAGGUACUGAUGGUUUUAUCAGUUUUUGUCCUAGAUAUUGGUGCAUUAGUACAUGUCAUUUUCUGGUAGAACCAAGCUGUCAUUAUGUGGUAGAACAUUUUAAAAUUAACCUACAUUAAAAUAGAUUACUUUUGUGUCGUUAUUACAGCUAGCAGCCAUUGAAAUUAAGGUCAUCUUGCGCUGGCAACUUAGUACAGAUAAUCACUUAACUUUUGAUAAUUAUUUUAUACAAUCUUUGACAUGAGGUGAAAAUGUUAACAUCUGACCGAAAUAUUAUCAUACUUGGUGUACCCGUAAAAAGUAUUGUUUUGAAGAGGUAUUUCUUGCAUAUCCCUUCUGCAAUGUAUAUCUAUUUUAACUUUUGAUAAAGGCCAGUUUUGAUUGGUCCAUUGGAUAGCGUUAACUGUACAGUUGAACACAGAGGUGUCAAAUUUGCUCGAACCAAAAAAUUACUUGUGUUAAAGCAUUUAGCUAGUCUUGGUUCAAAUGCUAUUACUUUGUUUUUUCCUGCAAUGAAUCAGAGCUGUUUACAACUGCAUUUUGGCACUCGUAAUAUAAUCUUGUACUGUAUAAGACAUUUGUGACAAAAUUAGGUUGUGUCUUGUUUUGGGCAACUCUAGGAUUUCCACUGGUUUUUAUGACUUUGACACAACAAUUUUUGAUUGUAUUUGCAGUUAUCUUGAUUUGUGUUUGUGGAAAAUAAUUUGGAUAUUUUAUAAGAGAUAACAUAUUCAUGGUACAUUUUGGCCAUUACAAUACUAGAAUCUGUGUUUGCGAGCCAGUGUCACAGCUGCCAUAGAUAGCAUUUGGUUUGUCUUCACUGAAUGUAUGUAAACAUUUAAGAGAAGACAGAGAAAUGUUCACAAAAUUUGGCAUACACAAUAAUUUUUUAAUACAAUGAGGGUACCAUAGCAAGGCCCUUGUAUAAAAUCUAUAUAGCUAUAAAUCAAUGGUCCAACGAGAUUUAAGUGCAUAAUGUAUUUAUAUUCAAUUUGAGCUGCUUUAGUUGUAAGUGUACAUGUAUAUGUUUCACAUUAAAGCUCACUUUAAUCAAGCUUGGGAAAUGUUUUUGUUUUUAUGUGUAAUUGCAUUGUCAAAACAUGAUAAAUUUACAACAGAAAAAAUGUGAAUUAGGCAUACCACAUGAUUAUUUGAAAAGACAUCUUUUUUAAAGGGACAGACCCUAGUUUCUAAACACUAAGGCAUAUUUUUUUUACUAUUAGAGCCGUUUUUGACAACUGAAAUUAUAACUUUACUUAGAUUUUGUUUACCUUCGAAGUGUUUUGGUGAUCCUGGCGUUUUUAAUAUCACAAAAUGCAUUUCGCUUAUUUUUAAAAACGCACGUGCCUCCGAGAAGUAACAGUUAUGGAAUCAAGUUUUAGUCUAUUUUUAGAGGGUAUUUAUUGUUUAC